AUGUUUAGUAUGAUGUCAUCAGAUUUUGAAAUUGAUUAUACAAGUAAGUGGUAUUACAUUAACAACAUGUAUUUUAUCCUACAAAAUGAUAAAAUUUAUAGAUCAUCUUCAAUACCACAAGGUCAAUUUGAACAAAUUUUUCAAGCUGAUGGAGACAUUGAAGCUUUAUGUUAUGGAUCAAAUGUUUGUGUUCUCGUUUCAGGUGAAAUGGUCUAUUCAUAUCCUGUAAGUUAUAACAGACAUAUUUAUUUAUCACAGGAUUAUCAAAUUGGGAAUUGGUUUAUUCAUUCACUCCAAAACUUACUCGAAAUUAUAGAUUUACAAUAUUUAUUUUAUAUUGAUGGGUAUUUCAUUGCUUUAGGAUGUGGUGAUUUAGUAAACAUCAGUAGUGAUGGGAGAAACUGGUCUGAAAUCACAAAAUUUCAAGAUGUUAGAAAAGCAAUUUUCAAAAAUAAUACGUUAAUAUUGAUAACAAGACCAGUUUUAAAUACUCACCCAAAUUCAAUAUUAUAUAAUAAAUUCAAUAUUCAUAAUGGAUUAAAUACAAUUCUUGAGAUGAUUUACCCCAUUGGUUCUAUUUAUACGUCAAUGAAUUCAACAAAUCCAGAAACAGUUUUGGGUUUUGGUAUGUGGAAGCAGAUUGUAGACAAAUUCUUAUACUGUGCUGACUCUUCAAAGCAAACGGGAGGUUCGAAGAAAAUUAAAGAAGCAAACCUUCCACCGCACACUCAUACGGGAACUACAAACACAACAGGUAAUCAUUCACAUUCAAUAACAAAAAGAGGUUAUACAAAUCUUGCAGCAGGUUCGGAUAGACAGGGAAUGCAUAGAUAUGAUAUUUCAAGUGACCCAGUAGAUUCAAGCACAGGUAUUUUCUGUGGAACCACAGGAAAUCAUGCCCACACUUUCACAACAAAUCCAACAGGCUCGGGUGAAGAUUAUAUGCCACCAUUUAUGACUGUAUUCGCAUGGUAUAGAGUUCAAUGA